CACUAAGAGAAAAAAAAAACAUUUUUUUUCUGUUGUUGGUCGUUUGGUGUUGCUAAAGUUGUUGUUGUUUGAGUCAAAGAAUGUCUGGGGUUUGGGUUUUCAACAAAGGUGUGGUGAGGCUAGUGGAGAACCCUAGCUCUGAGCGGAAGGUGCUGGUUCACUCUGCAAGCAAUGAAAUCAUCACUUCCUACGCAGUGUUGGAGCACAAGCUGAGUUCAUUGGGAUGGGAACGUUACUAUGAUGAUCCUGAUUUGCUUCAGUUCCACAAACGCUCCACCGUUCACCUAAUCUCUCUCCCAAGGGAUUUCAACAGGUUCAGGUCCAUGCACAUGUAUGACAUAGUCGUCAAGAACAAGAACUACUUCGAAGUUAGAGACAUGUGAACUUUCAAUCUCCUUACAGAGUUCAAUUCUUCAUUUUCUCAUUUAUAUCUACACUACGUGUAUUGUCGGUUUCGUUUGGAUUUGGGUCUAAAUUGUAUAUGAGUUCGUGGUAUAGAGUUAUGGUCUGAUACGAGAAUGAUGAAGUCCGAGGAGUGGAUUUGUGUGUCGUGAUGUAAAUCUCUGUAAUCAUUGAUCAAACUUCAGUUUUCUUA